CGCAUCUCGCAAAGUCGGGGUGAGCGGUAGCAGGCUCGGUCACCAGAUUCAGGGCGGUGUUACGAAAUCAGCCGGCGAGGUGGCGGAGGAGACGAACACGGCAUCUUAGGGUACUAGCUGCUUUUGCCUGCAUCGAUACAGACACCCAGCCAUGGUGGAUUACAGCAAGUGGAAGGAUAUUGAGGUGUCUGAUGACGAGGACGACACACAUCCGAACAUUGACACGCCGUCGUUGUUCCGGUGGCGACACGAGGCGCGCGUGCAGCGCACCAAGGAGCACCAGGAGGAGAAGGACAAGCUGCUGUCCCAAAAGAACGACUACGUGAAACGUUUGGACGAAGCUAAGAGUAAGGUGAAAAAAGCGGAGCAAGAUGGUUCAUGUGAAUUGGGUAGUUUGAAGAAAUCCCUUCAAGAAAUCGAAAAACAAACAGCGGACAUAAAAAAGCAAUGGUCGGAAUUCGAAAACAAAGAAAAGAUGAUGCCUUGGAACGUAGACACCAUAUCGAGCGAUGGCUUCUCCAAAACGGUCAUCAACACCAAGCCCAAGAGGAGUGACGAGGAUCUCACUGAGGAGGAGCGUGAGGAGAGAAUGCGGGAUUUUGUGCAAAAGUAUGAAAAGGACAUCAAAAAGUACGGCAUGCUGCGAAAGUUUGACGACAGCAAACGCUUCCUCUCUGAGAACAUGCAUCUAACAUCGGAGUACACGGCCAACUACCUGGUGAUCUGGGCUAUCAACCUGGAGAUGGAAGAGAAACACGACCUGAUGGCACACGUGGCUCAUCAGUGCAUCUGCAUGAACUACAUUCUGGAGCUCGGAAAACAGAUGGAUGUCGACCCUAAGGCUUGCGUCGGCUCCUUCUUCUCAAAGAUCCAGGUGGCCGACGUCGAGUAUAAGCGUGCCUUCGACGACGAGGUUCGCUCCUUCAAGCAGCGCAUCCAGACGCGGGCCAAACAGAAGCUGGACGCCGCCAUCAAGGAGUACGAGGAGGAGGAACGCAAGAAGCGGCUGGGACCCGGCGGACUCGACCCGGCCGAGGUGUUCGAGACGCUGCCUGAGGCGCUGCAGAAGUGUUUCGAGACCCAGGACACGGAGCUGCUGCAGAGGACGGUGGCCGAGAUGGACCAGGAGGAAGCGCGCUACCACAUGAAGCGUUGCGUCGACUCGGGGCUCUGGGUGGCCGACGCCAAGGCCGCCCAGGAGGAGGCCGAGGCGGCAGCGGCGGCCGCUGCCGCCGGCGCCGGCGCCGGUGCCGACGAAGAGGUCUAUGAAGAGAUCAAGGGCGCCAAGGGUGCCAGUCCGUGAUGGCGCACAGCGACGAAGACGACGCCACCUGGCGGUAACCAGAACUUGCCGCGCCGCGCGCCAGAUGGCGGUAGAGGCGGCGGCGUGGAUCGACCUGCUGCGUGUUUACCCGGUACGCACUCGACUUUUGAGUGCUCGAUCGUGCUGGUGGACAAACAAUGGUAAUGCGUGCUGGAAAAGACGCGCUUCUUGGCCGAGAGAGUUUGGCCGGACAGGCGCGCGGGUUCUCGGCGACGCCACUGACUCGGCGCUGCCCUGCAGUGGGGGUGGCCUGGCCACGACUGCGAGGCGAGCUGUUUUUCACCCGCCCCGGUGCGAGGGUGGCUCUCGUGUGGCAACUGCCCGGCCGGAGCGGUAAUACAGUGUUGUGAUCUGGCUGAGCUUGGCACAUCGGCUUUGGCGUCGGUGGGUCGGUCCGUCCUGGCCGGUCCCGCGCGCUGACGACAGUGCCGCAGCUCGCGACAGGCUGAAGCGGGCUCGGAGGGUGGGGGCCACCCACCGCAACCGACACCCGCGAGCCUGGCGCGUCGCCACGCUGCGCCGACGCCUCGUAUGCUUUUCCUCAGUGAGACGCCCCUGCGGGACUUCCAGGAAAUACCAGAAUGCGUAUCGCCCGGCUCUUCCCUGAGAAUCGGCGUGUACGAUCACCGAUAUCGCCAGUUCGCCGGAAUCACCGGGAGAUGGGAGAUGCGUUUUAUUCUGAUUAUUUGCUUUGCUUCUAUGACACUUUGAAAUGCAUGGCCGGCGUUUAUGA